AUGGCUGAAGUGGAGGCGCCGCUCAUCACCGAGGUGGAGGGGGAAGAGGGCCAUGGCUUCCGCGGCUCCGCGUCCGCCGGAGGGGUCCGCUCUGGCCUGGGCAACGGCGUGCGGGGCACGAGGCAGUACCACCGCCGCUCGGACGCGCUCGCGUACGGCGACCGCUACCAGAAGGCGGCAGCGCUCGUCGACCUCGUCGGUUCCCGCUCCGCCUCUCACUGCUCUCGCACUCUCCCCGCUUUGCUUCGUUAUGUGAAAUGCUGUGAUGCUUUGCUGUAUCUGAGAAUUGAGGUGCUGGCAGAAGAUGGUGUCGGUAUCCCUGAGGAUGUCUUGAAUGACACAAAGAAGCCUCUCUGGUGCCAAAAAUACGCCUCACAUACUUGUGAUCAAAGGGAUCUUUACUUUCUUGGGCAGCUGCCAUACUUAAGUAAAACAGAAUCACUCGUAUAUGAGGCGCUUACCCUUGUCAUUCUUGUCUUGGAUAUCUUCUACCCACUUUCCUAUGAAGGUUUAAAUAUUUUCUGGAAGAACUCCAUGAACAAAUUGAAGGUUCUUCUUCUCUUCAUCUUAGCAUGCGACAUACUUGUGUUUAUGCUUAGUCCUGGACCUUUCAGAGUAGCUCCGUACAUUCGCGUCGUAUUUCUUAUCAUGACGAUCAGGGAACUGCGAAUGUGUGCUGUUACGCUGGUUGGCAUUGUUGGGACAUACCUUAAUGUUUUGGCUCUGUCACUGUUGUUCCUAUUAUUUGCAAGCUGGCUAGCCUAUGUAACAUUUGAGGACACGCCACAAGGAAAGACCAUUUUCACAUCAUACGGUACAACACUAUAUCAGAUGUUUGUCCUGUUCACCACAUCCAAUAAUCCUGACGUAUGGGUCCCUGCUUACAAGAGCUCUCGUUGGAACGCCCUGUUUAUUGUUAUUUAUGUGCUGUUAGGAGUUUACUUCCUAACAAAUUUGAUUCUUGCUGUCAUUUAUGAUAGCUUUAAAGAGCAGCUUGCAAAACAACUUGCUCAAAUGGACUGUAUAAGGAAAAGUAUUCUACAGAAGGCAUUUGAUCUCAUCGACACUAACGGUCAGGGCUACCUUAACAAGGAACAGUGCAUAUCAUUGCUUGAUGAGCUGAACAAGUACAGGUCGUUGCCCAAAACCUCAAGGGAAGAUUUUGAACUAAUCUUUGCCGAGCUUGAUCAGAGUGGUGAUUUCAAGGUUACCUCCGAGGAAUUUGCUGACCUAUGCAAUACUAUUGCAAUAAAAUUCCAGAAAGAACCACCACCUUCAUAUCUGGAGAAGUACCCAUCUUUCUACCAUUCACCACAGUGUGAAAGGUUGAAGUCCUUUGUACGGAGUCGCCUGUUUGAGUAUAUUGUUGUCUUUGUUCUUCUGGUGAACCUAAUUGCUGUCGUUAUUGAAACAACGCUAGAUAUAGAGAACAGCUCUUCACAGAAAGUGUGGCAAGAAGUUGAGUUUGUCUUUGGAUGGAUCUAUGUUGUGGAGAUGGCACUCAAAAUAUUUUCAUUAGGAUUUGGUGCCUAUUGGAUGGAGGGUCAAAAUAAGUUUGAUUUUGUGAUUACUUGGACUAUUUUUAUUGGAGAGACCCUGACAUUUGCCUCCCCAUCCACGCUUCCUUUUCUUUCAAACGGAGAAUGGAUUCGAUAUCUUCUCCUUGGAAGGAUGUUGCGUUUAACAAGAAUUUUGUUGCAAGUUCAGCGUUUCAGAGCAUUUGUUGCGACAUUCUUUACCCUCAUUUCUAGCUUGUUGCCAUACUUGGGGAUUGUGUUUUGUAUACUUUGUGUAUACUGCUCCAUUGGUUUACAGUUUUUCGGUGGCAUCGUGUAUGCAGGAAACUCGAAGUUGGAAGAAACAGAUCUCUUUGGGAACAAUUAUCUUCUUUUCAACUUCAAUGACUAUCCAAGUGGUAUGGUUACUCUGUUCAAUUUAUUAGUGAUGGGCAAUUGGCAAGUCUGGAUGGAGAGCUAUGCACACCUGACUGGAAGUUCUUGGAGCCUGGUUUAUUUUGUCAGUUUUUACCUUAUUUCAGUAUUACUGCUGCUUAAUCUGAUUGUGGCAUUUGUGUUGGAGGCAUUUUUUGCUGAGAUGGAACUGGAGAAAGCUAGAGAAGCUGAUACGCAGGAUUCUACCCCCGAAGGAAGAAACAAGCGGCGAUCCAUGCGUGUGAAGACGAAGGGUACUAUGGUUGAUAUUCUUCUGCACCAUAUGUUGAGCAAUGAACUUGAUGGAUCUCAAAACUCAGAUUGA